GCCUUCCCAGCGCCCUUUGCCGCCUCUCGGGAGGCCCCGCACGGACCCCAGCCUGGCUGGGCCGUCCCCUCCGGAUGGGCCGGCGGGCGGAGCAGCGCAGAGGGCACCGCCCUCGGCCCGCCCGCCGAGGAGGGGACGCGAGCGGGAGGCUGCGCCAGCGGCGCCCGCCGGGGGCCCGCCGCACUCUGCUCUCGGCCUCCCGAGCUGCGGGGACGGGACGGCUACCUGCGCUGACUCUGCGGGCCGGGAGCCGAGUCCAGGACAGAGCCGGAGCCGCUGAGGGAGGCGAGAGGGCAGUGCGCGGAGAUGGCGGCCGCGGCGGCGGAGGAAGGGAUGGAGCCGCGGGCGCUGCAGUACGAGCAGACCCUGAUGUAUGGCCGGUACACUCAGGACCUUGGGGCCUUUGCCAAAGAGGAAGCUGCUCGGAUUCGCCUGGGAGGGCCUGAACCCUGGAAAGGUCCCCCUUCCCCUCGGGCUGCCCCAGAGCUCUUGGAAUAUGGACGGAGCCGUUGUGCCCAAUGCCGCAUCUGUUCUGUCCGCUGCCACAAGUUCCUAGUAUCCAGGGUUGGUGAAGAUUGGAUCUUCCUGGUCCUGCUGGGGCUCCUCAUGGCAUUGGUCAGCUGGGCCAUGGACUAUGCCAUUGCUGCCUGUCUGCAAGCCCAGCAGUGGAUGUCCCGGGGUUUGAACACUAGCAUCUUACUCCAGUACCUGGCCUGGGUCACCUACCCUGUUGUCCUCAUCACUUUCUCAGCCGGAUUCACACAGAUCCUGGCCCCUCAGGCUGUCGGCUCUGGCAUCCCUGAGAUGAAGACCAUCUUGCGGGGAGUGGUGCUGAAAGAAUACCUCACACUCAAGACCUUUAUAGCUAAGGUCAUUGGGCUGACCUGCGCCCUGGGCAGUGGAAUGCCGCUUGGCAAAGAGGGCCCUUUUGUGCAUAUCGCAAGCAUGUGUGCUGCCCUUCUCAGCAAGUUCCUCUCCCUCUUUGGGGGUAUCUAUGAGAAUGAAUCCCGGAACACAGAGAUGCUGGCUGCCGCCUGUGCCGUGGGGGUGGGCUGCUGCUUUGCGGCACCUAUUGGAGGCGUCCUCUUCAGCAUCGAGGUCACCUCCACCUUCUUCGCGGUACGGAACUACUGGCGGGGCUUCUUCGCUGCCACCUUCAGUGCCUUCAUCUUCCGGGUCUUGGCAGUCUGGAACCGGGAUGAAGAGACUAUUACGGCCCUCUUCAAAACCCGAUUCCGGCUCGACUUCCCCUUUGACCUGCAGGAGCUGCCAGCCUUUGCUGUCAUUGGUAUUGCUAGUGGCUUCGGUGGAGCCCUCUUUGUCUACCUGAACCGGAAGAUUGUCCAGGUGAUGCGGAAGCAGAAAACCAUCAAUCGCUUCCUCAUGAGGAAACGCCUGCUCUUCCCGGCUCUGGUGACGCUGCUCAUCUCCACGCUGACCUUCCCCCCUGGCUUUGGACAGUUCAUGGCUGGACAGCUCUCACAGAAAGAGACGCUGGUCACCCUGUUUGACAAUCGGACGUGGGUCCACCAGGGCCUAGUGGAGGAGCUAGAACCACCCAGCACCUCACAGGCCUGGAACCCACCACGUGCCAACGUCUUCCUCACCCUGGUCAUCUUCAUUCUCAUGAAGUUCUGGAUGUCUGCACUGGCCACCACCAUCCCAGUUCCCUGUGGCGCCUUCAUGCCUGUCUUUGUCAUUGGAGCAGCAUUUGGGCGUCUGGUGGGCGAAAGCAUGGCCGCCUGGUUCCCAGAUGGAAUUCAUACAGACAGCAGCACCUACCGGAUUGUGCCUGGGGGCUACGCUGUGGUUGGGGCGGCUGCGUUGGCAGGAGCGGUGACACACACAGUGUCCACGGCUGUGAUCGUGUUCGAGCUCACAGGCCAGAUUGCCCAUAUCCUGCCUGUCAUGAUCGCCGUCAUCCUGGCUAACGCUGUCGCCCAGAGUCUACAGCCCUCCCUCUAUGACAGCAUCAUCCGAAUCAAGAAACUGCCCUACCUGCCUGAGCUGGGCUGGGGCCGCCACCAGCAGUACCGGGUGCGUGUGGAGGACAUCAUGGUGCGGGAAGUUCCCCAUGUGGCCCUCAGCUGCACCUUCCGGGACCUGCGGUUGGCACUGCACAGGACCAAGGGCCGAAUGCUGGCCCUAGUGGAGUCCCCCGAGUCCAUGAUUCUGCUGGGUUCCAUCGAGCGUUCACAGGUGGUGGCAUUGCUGGGGGCCCAGCUGAGCCCAGCCCGCCGGCGGCAGCACAUGCAGGAGCGCAGAGCCACCCAGACCUCUCCACCAUCUGAUCAGGAGGGUCCCCCUAGCCCUGAGGCUUCUGUCUGCUUCCAGGUGAACACAGAAGACUCAGGCUUCCCGGCAGCCCGGGGGGAGACCCACAAGCCCCUAAAGCCUGCACUCAAGAGGGGGCCCAGUGUCACCAGGAACCUUGGAGAGAGUUCCACAGGAAGCGCAGAGUCAGCAAGCAUUGCCCUCCGGAGCCUCUUCUGUGGCAGUCCACCCCCUGAAGCUGCUUCAGAGAAGUUGGAAUCCUGUGAGAAGCGCAAGCUGAAGCGGGUCCGAAUCUCCCUGGCAAGUGACGCGGACCUGGAAGGCGAGAUGAGCCCUGAAGAGAUUCUGGAGUGGGAGGAGCAACAACUAGAUGAACCUGUCAACUUCAGUGACUGCAAAAUUGAUCCUGCUCCCUUCCAGCUGGUGGAGCGGACCUCUUUGCACAAGACUCACACCAUCUUCUCACUGCUGGGAGUGGACCAUGCUUAUGUCACCAGUAUUGGCAGACUCAUUGGAAUCGUUACUCUAAAGGAGCUCCGGAAGGCUAUCGAGGGCUCUGUCACAGCACAGGGUGUGAAAGUUCGGCCGCCCCUCGCCAGCUUCCGAGACAGUGCCACCAGCAGCAGUGACACGGAGACCACUGAGGUGCACGCACUCUGGGGGCCCCACUCCCGUCAUGGCCUCCCCCGGGAGGGCAGCCCUUCCGACAGCGAUGACAAAUGCCAAUGAGCCCCUCGUGGGUGGCCUAGGAUGGUGCUAGCCAUGCCUGUCAUCCCAGAAUGUGCAUCUCUCAUUCCUUCUGCCUUGGGAAGGCAGGAGGCAGCUACAGCCGGAAGCUGAACCCCAGCCCCCUCCAGACCUGGGGUGCCAGCUUCUCCCAGUUUAUCCUACCUGGAAUCUGACCCACUGCCCACCUACAGCAACUUUUCCAGGGGCAGGAAGAUCAGCCCUGCCCUGGCAGGGUCACUUGACCCCUGCUCCCCCUUUGAGGGGAAAGGGGUAGAACUAAGAUGGGUUUAUAACUGGAACCUCCAAUGACCAGAUGUAUAUAGAGAUUUACAAAGAUUUUUAUAUUAAUUUAAUAAAACAAAUUCUUAAAUAGAACAAAAUAAACACCUAAUGAGCCACUUAUAUAUAGAA